CCUUGGGCCGCGCGUCGCCGGGCUGCACUGCAAACUCCCGGCGCGGAGGAGGCCGGAGCGACACCCAGGACGGCCGGGCCCUGCCGGGAGGAGGCGCCGCGGGUGGUGACAGGUGCCGGCGCUGGGGCGACGCUUGAGCCUCACUUCAGUUGGCGGAGGAGGAAGAGGAGGAGGAAGGGGCCGGGUCUCCGCCCCUCGCGCUCCGGAUGGAUGUGCCCGGCCCGGUGUCCCGGCGGGCGGCGGCGGCGGCGGCCACCAUGCUCCUGCGCACGGCGCGGGUCCCGCGCGAGGGCUGGCUCCUGCCCACCUCGCUGCUCUGCGCCUACGGCUUCUUCGCCAGCCUCAGGCCGUCCGAGCCCUUCCUGACGCCCUACCUGCUGGGGCCCGACAAGAACCUGACCAAGAGGGAGCUCCUUCCACAUUCAUCUCAGAGUCCUAAGUCCAGCACGGCCAGGGACUCAUCUCCUGGUCUAUACUUGAAGAGGAGAUCUCAGCUUGGAGAAAGCCUCCCGUACGUCUUCAAUGAAAUUUAUCCAGUAUGGACUUACUCUUACCUGGUGCUGCUGUUUCCUGUGUUCCUUGCCACAGACUACCUCCGUUACAAACCCGUUGUUCUGCUGCAAGGGCUCAGCCUUAUCGUCACAUGGUUCAUGCUGCUCUAUGCCCAGGGACUGCUGGCCAUUCAGUUCUUGGAAUUCUUCUAUGGCAUCGCCACAGCCACUGAAAUCGCCUAUUACUCUUACAUCUACAGUGUGGUAGACCUGAGCAGGUACCAGAAAGUCACAAGUUACAGUCGAACUGCCACCUUGGUGGGCUUCACAGUGGGCUCAGUCCUAGGGCAAAUCCUCGUCUCAGUGGCAGGCUGGUCCCUGUUCAGCCUGAAUGUCAUCUCUCUUACCUGUGUUUCUGUGGCUUUUGCCGUGGCCUGGUUUCUGCCUAUGCCACAGAAGAGCCUUUUUUUUCACCAUGUUCAUUCUACCUGCAAGGGAGUGAAUGGUAUCAAGAUACAAAAUGGUGGUAUUGUGACUGACACCUCAGCUUCUAACCACCUUCCUGGGUGGGAGGAUGUUGAGUCAAAAAUCCCUCUAAAUGUGGAGGACCCUCCCGUGGAGGAACCGGAGCCCCAGCCAGACCGGCUCCUCGUGCUGAAGGUACUGUGGAAUGACUUCUUGAUGUGCUACUCCUCCCGCCCUCUGCUCUGCUGGUCCGUGUGGUGGGCCCUCUCCACCUGUGGCUAUUUUCAAGUGAUCAACUACACACAGGGCCUGUGGGAGCAGGUGAUGCCUUCUCGCUAUGCUGCUAUCUAUAACGGAGGUGUGGAGGCCGUUUCCACCUUACUGGGUGCUGUUGCCGUUUUUGCAGUUGGUUACAUAAAAAUUUCCUGGUCCACUUGGGGAGAAAUGACACUGUCUCUGUGUUCUCUCCUGAUUGCGGCCGCAGUGUACAUCAUGGACACCGUGGGUAACAUUUGGGUGUGCUACGCGUCCUAUGUUGUCUUCAGAAUCAUCUACAUGUUACUCAUCACUAUAGCAACCUUUCAGAUUGCAGCAAACCUCAGCAUGGAGCGUUAUGCCCUAGUGUUUGGUGUCAACACCUUCAUUGCUCUGGCCCUGCAGACGCUGCUCACACUCAUUGUAGUCGAUGCCAGUGGCCUUGGCUUAGAAAUUACCACUCAGUUCCUGAUCUACGCAGGUUAUUUUGCACUCAUCGCUGUGGUUUUCCUGGCUAAUGGUAUAGUCACUAUUAUGAAGAAAUAUACAAAGCAGGAAGAUCCAGAGUCAAGUUCUCAAGUAACCACUUCAUAAUUCACUACUGACAAGCUUCUUAUAGCAAGAACUCCGCACAGCCACAGUCCCUGGAUGUAUUUAAUUUUUUAAGGUGUAGAACAUAUAUUUAUGAAUGUGCAUUUCAUGGCUUCAAAGCAGCCAAUUGACUAUACCUGUGUUCCCAGCAUAACAUAAUCGUGUUCAGAGGAACAGAAGGAAAGUUUGUUUAUUUAAGGAUGACUUUUUUUCUGAUUCAGAAGUGAACUUGAUUUUGAAAACCAAGCCAUGGCGAGCAGUAAAACAGCACAUGGUGUUGUAUACUUGAUAGCAAGUGAGCUUGGUGUCUCAUAGGUCAAGUACUUCUACAUCUGAUUAAACAGAAGCUUGAGACCAGGGUCUCACAGGGGCCACAGAUGUUACAGGUCAAGAUAGGAAUAUGUUGUAACAGCACCUGUCUCUGUACAACUUAAUUCUUAUUUUGUGUUACUCAUGUGCACUUGCUUUCUACAGAUGAAAGUUGUUCCUAUCACAGGCAGUAUUUGCCCUAGUAAGUUAUGUUUAAGAAUUCAUUGUAUGAAUGUUCUCAGUUCCCAUCUUGCCAGUUCCGUAUUUGUGUAGAUUUUUGUUUGAAAUACAUGUUUGCAUCAUUUUAUGCUUCCCAGAGGAGCUCAUUUAGUUAGAAAAUAAGGCACGUUUGAAGCCUGCUAAUAAGCUGAGUGAAGAGAACUAAUCAGAAAAUGCAGGUAGAUUUCCUCAUCUUUUAUUCCUCCAUAGGAAGGACUGUUCAUUCCAUGAUGAAAAGUUAAAAUUUGGGCUAAAGACACAACUAGCCCACUCUGUAUUUGCAUUCCCUUUUAUUUCCAAAAUAAAAUGAAAAAGUCUUUUUUAAAAUAACUUCAUCUCCAUUUAUAACUUUUAUAUUUGUCCUUCUUAUCCAAGAUAAGGUUGUCAUUAGGAGUUGGAUUAUUCCAAGGCCUUUUUCACAAACUGAGCCUUUUUGAUGAUUUCAAUGGGACAGGAACCAGGAUAGAGACGAUUCCUGCAUUUUGUACAUUAAAUCUGCCUUUGCUCUAAAGGUGGAUCAUCUUUAAUAUUUGCUUAAAAUAACUGCUAGUGAUUCCAGUUCCAAGGUACUUGAAAAAAUAUUAUGUAUACAUUUAUACAUUAACAAAUCAGCCAACCUACCUAGUGGCUGCUAGAAUAUGUGAGACGUGAAGAGGACUUUAAAGCCAACUUUGUUGCCUUAUCUUGAAAAGAACCUCGUUAGCUGCUUUCAUCUGGGGGUGUUAAUAUUUUUCGAAUGACACAGCUAAACUGUGAAUAAUAGUGUCAAGAUUGCAAAAUUGACAUAUAUUUGGUUUAAGCAGGAACUCUAAAAGUAAAUGAAUAGAAUAAGAAUAGGUCAUUUUCCAUUCAACGUCUUUUUGGAUAUAGGGAAAGGAAAAGAACACUAGCUAUGGAAGGGAAGGGGACAUGAUGUCUUAAAGUAACAGCCUGGAAUUCUUUUAUCUUUUAUUUUAUUUUGCUAUAUAGGGAAUUGUUUAUGAAGAAACAAAAGAAGAGUGGUACUUGAGGGAUUUUAUUUAAUCUUUUUAAAUAAAAUGGACUGUUAUAUAAUCAAAGUGUUCACAUUACCAAAGCAUUAUCUCCCUGGAAUUUAAUUUGAAGUCUGUGGCACACAACUGGAGCCUUUACUUAUUAAGACAGUAACAGGUUCACGUCUUGGUGGGUGGCCAUGUUUGCAGAAUGCUGAACACUAUUUGCAAGUUGUACUGUAUGCAGUUUUGCAAAGUGGAAAUAAUUUGUUGUACUUUUUAUUCAAUUCUGUAUAGCUUAUAAAAUUAUUUUUAUUAAAUAAAUAUUUUACGGUAUA